UGUUAUAAAGAGGGAUUGCCCACAUCAGACGAUUCAUAAUGCAACAAGUAAACAGUGAAACUGAGCUUCUCAUGUUUUUAUUAAGUCACAGAUGGGUGUGUUCUCCUAUUGCUCAAUCCAGACAGACACACAAAACAGUAAUACAGCAUACCCCCCCAUUCACAGAAAACAGUAAUACAGAAUGUUCCGCCCCAUUCACAGAAAACAGGAGCGAGUGUUUCUGCGUCACCACGGCUGGAGAAGAGCUAGAUCCAUCAUAGCAAUGCUUUACAGGAUUGAGCUGUUAGCUCUGUCUUUGGUCAUGAUGGGAGAUCUCUGGGCUUAUUUUGGGAAUUAAUGCGAUCAUGCAAUCCUGCGUAAACAAGGACUGAUCAGGAUCCAGGAGCAUUUGGAAGGGCGAAUCAAAUGGGGAAUCGACUGAUACGAAAGCUGUUUUUAGGGGCGUCUGUGAUUUGCAUCAUGGGUCUCUACUGCUUGACGACAUCAACCCUCCUCGCUACACACAGAGUUUCCCUGGCCCCUUGUGCAUCAAAAGUGCGUAACAACUCUCAGCGAACUCUCAAAGCAGAUGCGACCUGCACACCUAAAGUCAACCUGAUGUUCAUGAAGACCCACAAGACGGCGAGCAGCACUUUGAUGAACGUUCUCCUGCGCUUCGGAGAAAAGCACCAGCUGAGGUUCGCUCUCCCAGACGGCCGUAACGACUUCUUCUACCCGUUGAGCUUCUUCCGAACCCAAGUGAAGAGCUACCAGCCGGGUCUGUGUUAUAACAUCGUGUGCAACCACAUGCGAUUCAAUGCACCCGAAGUGGAGAAGCUGCUCCCGGCGGAUGCCUUCUUCUUCACCAUCCUACGAGAUCCCGCAGAGCUUUUCGAGUCUUCGUUUCACUACUACAAAGCCUACGUGCCUCAAACGUGGAGAGUCCCUGGAGGGAACCAGUUGGAGGAGUUUCUAAAUGAUCCAAAGCGCUACUUCAACCCACAGGGGAUCAACGCUUUCUACCUCAAGAACCUACAGUUUUUCGACUUCGGCUUCGAGAAUAACUUGGAAGCUGAUGACGUGAGGGUCCAAGAAAGCAUCGAGUACAUGGAAAAGCGCUUUCAGUUGGUUUUAAUGUCGGACCACUUUGAGGAAUCGCUCAUUCUGCUUAAAGACGCUCUGUGCUGGCAGAUGGACGACUUGCUGUUUUUUAAACUCAAUGCUAGGAAUGCCACUUCUGUGUCUCCCAUGAGCCCUGAACUGAGGACUCGAGCUCGGGAAUGGAACGGAGCCGACUGGCGACUUUAUCAGCAUUUUAACGCCACUUUCUGGACGCUCGUGGAGAACUAUGGACGGAGCCGGAUGGAGGAGGAAGUGAGGGAGCUGCGAAGGAGAAACGCAGAGAUGGAGGCCAUCUGCAUUGAUGGCGGGGGAGCCGUGGAGGCGGCGGACAUCACGGAUGGACACAUGAAGCCCUGGCAGCCCAUCGGAAAAGCUUCCAUACUAGGAUACAACCUGAAAAACGACAUCGAGCGACAGUAUGAGGAGCUCUGCAGGAAGAUGCUGACCCCCGAGAUCCAGUAUCUGACUGAUUUAGGAGUCAAUCUGUGGGUCACUAGAUUAUGGGGCUGGUUUAAGGAUAGUGUUGUUCAGUUUGGGUUUAGAUAGUGUAAUUGCUUCAUAUACGUUGGCAGUGUUAAUUGUACAGUUAACAAUACAGUCUUGAAAAUAAAAGUGGUUUUUCACAGCGAUGCCAUAAAAGAAGCAUUAAGUCAAAGGUUGUUUAAAGAACCAUCUCUUUCUUACCUUUUUAUAAUCUGAAGAAGCUUCUUUCGACACAAAGAAGCUUUUGUGAAACAGAAAGGAUCUCGAGAUGUUAAAGGUUCUUUAUGGAACCGUCUAGACAAAAAAAGGUUCUUCUAUGGCAUCGUGGAGCACCUUUAUUUUUAAGAGUGCAACUCGAGGUUGUCUCUAGUUAUAACUGAUAUAAGCCAGGAGGGGUCAAAAGAAAGUGUAAAAAAUUAAUACAUAAUAAAAAAGAGAGAUUAAAACAAAUAAAUAAAUAAAAUAAGCAUUUUCUUUAUUUGAAAAAUAAUUUUAAAGUAUACAAACAAACAAACAAACAAAUAAUGAUUCAAAUAAUUAAAUGACAAAAAAAACAAAAGCUUCUUAUGUACAUUACUCAUAACAAAAAUGAGAAGAAAUUUAAUUUUGUAAAAAUAAAGUGUAAUCACAUAUCCAGGUUUGCUAGGAUUGGCAACAAUGUAAAAGUAACCCAAUUCCACGGUAAAACCACAGACAUGGCAACCCUGCAUAUAUCAAGACUUCUGAAAAUGAGCGUUUUAGGGGAACUGGGAAUUACAUGGUAAUUCAUAGUUUUCACCUCCAAAGACCAUAAAUUUGACAGUAUUUCUACAGUUAGAUUACAUACAAUGU